AACGCCCAAACUUCAACAUGGCGUCCCUUCUUCCCGACCCUCUGUUGGAAAUCUGUGGACAAGGACCUCCACCCAACAAGAACUUCUACUAUCUAACUGUCACCAAGUCACACGUGAUAUGGAGAUGGUGGACGAUAUCUGCGAGAGCUGUGGACAGGUACGCCAAGCCUGGGGAGCUGAGGGACUCUCACGAGGAGUUUCUGGACAACACUCGGCUGCAGAGCGAGGUCCGUAUGGUUUUCGGCCGUCAAAUCUUGCAGUACACCAAGGGUCUGUGCCAAGGCCAUUAUGAUUAUCUGGAGCACCUGCCUGACUCCUUGCUUCUGUGGAUAAUAAAUUAUCUUGAACUAGAGGAUGUGGGUCAGCUUGCACGGACGUCACGUAAGUUCAGGCAGCUAUGUGGGUCAAAGGAGUUUUGGGAGCAGGCAGUGCGGCGGCGCUGCAACACAGUUUCAGUUGACGUGGAGUCUCUGGCUCUUGAGGAGGGCUGGCGCAACAUCUUCUUCACCAGCAAGCUACAGCUGCAGAAGAAGAUCAGCCGCAGGAGGCUAAAGAUCGAGGAGCAGCGGGAAGGACAAGUCUCUGGUGAAAGCUCAGAACCAAUCCAGACGUCUAGUUCGGAGGAAGAAUGUCAUCAUGGCAUCAUUGGCUUUGACAACAACUCUUGCUGUGAUGUUGAUCCUGAACUCAGCCCUGAACCUGAGGCUGCCUCUGAUUCCAGUCAGUGAGGAUAUGAGGUGCUGUGAGGUGGAAACACCAGUGCAGAGUUUUGCACUGAGUAGUGGUAAAGGAGACAACAGUACUGAGACAAACACAUGACACCUAUCUGAAGGUUCAGUUGGAUUCAGUGGCAUCUAAUGGUGAAGUUGCAUAUUGCAACCACAACCUCUCAUUUCACCCUCUCUUUGUAAGCCUAUCAUACUGUGUUUGAGAAUCUACAGUGGCCUUCAGGUGAGGUCCUCUCUCCUGUAGUGCCAUUGUGGUGCUACAUGACAGACUCCAUUGGAAAAUAUUAUUUUCUAUGUCUCCUAAUAGAUCCCCCUAAAUCCUGCAUACUGGACCUCUGAGCUUUUUGUCAAAUCCUAACUUUGUACUGAGAAAACAAUUUCUCUCAGGGCUUUCAUUUGUAUGCCAUUUAUACACAUUCCUCAACCAUCCAACUUCUCUUCAUAUGUAUUUUUUAAAGGUUUGUUAGAUAUUAAUUACUGGAUAUUUGGGAAUUAUUUUUAUUUGUAUUUCUACUGUGCCAUGACUAUUCAGACUUAAUAGACAUUAAUAAGAACAACAAAUAUAUAGGAGGAAAUGGUACCUAUAUUAAUUGCACAUUAUAAUAUAAAAGUUACAGUAAAGAAUAUUUUAAGUUGUCAAUUUAG